AUGAGUUCGGAUGAGAUCGAAGAAAUCCUGGUGGCACUGUACCAGGUUGGUUUGGAGUCUGCUCCUACUGGCAUCCCCCCGACGCUUCCAUUUGCAAGACCUUCUUUUGAAGAGAUGGCCGUUCACUCGGCCCCAUAUUAUAUUAUGUGUCUCUUGUAUUUAGUUGGAGCUGUUCCCUUUGUGACACCGGGAAUUGAGAUGCCGGGCCUUUACAGCUUCCUUGCCUACUCUGUCUACAACAUUUCUGCGGUUUACCGGAAUGGAAUGGUUGUGUAUUUUGGCCGCAACUCUGUUACCCUCGACUUUGUGAUAGCGCUAUGGUCGGCUUGGUGGCUCAUCAGAGCUUUUAGGCUUGUUGGGUGGAAGUGGAGUGCGUUGUGGUUCGGGCUAUUUUGGGUGCAGUUCACGCUCGUGAAGUUAAAGCAGUAUUCGGCCCGACGAAUUGCAAAGCUCAAAGCUGCCGAGGUAAAAGAAGAUUGA